AGGCAGAGCCUCCGCCGUUACCGCCCUACAGCUUCUCCCAGGACGCUGGGACGCACCGCCACAGUGACCUAUGUCGCCCGGCCUCUGGCCCACGCCUCAAUGUCCCCGGCUUCACGCUGACAAGGGCUGCGCGUGAUCUUGGCUCUGCCGCUGCUAAAGAGGGUGCUUCCCCACCCCGCAACCGAGGCACGGAAAGGGGAAGCCCUGGCCUCGGGGCCACUGUGCUCGCUUUCUCCACGUAGUGGCGAGCGCGGUCGCCCUGAGAGGCUCCUGGCGCGAUGAGCGCCAACGAGGACCAAGAGAUGGAACUGGAAGCCUUACGUUCUAUUUACGAAGGAGACGAAAGUUUCCGGGAAUUAAGUCCAGUUUCAUUUCAAUAUAGGAUAGGUGAAAACGGUGAUCCCAAAGCCUUCUUAAUAGAGAUUUCAUGGACAGAAACGUACCCCCAAACACCUCCAAUUAUAUCUAUGAACGCUUUUUUUAACAACACCAUCUCAUCAGCUGUAAAGCAGAGUAUAUUAGCCAAGUUACAGGAAGCAGUAGAAGUUAAUCUUGGAACCGCAAUGACCUAUACAUUGUUUGAGUAUGCCAAAGACAAUAAAGAGCAGUUCAUGGAAAAUCACCGUCCUAUUAAUUCUACAACAUCCAUAAGCAAUAUCAUCUCAGUUGAGACUCCUAGUAUAGCCCCAGCAAGUAAGAAAAAAGACAAAAAAGAACAACUUUCAAAAGCUCAGAAACGUAAGCUGGCAGAUAAAACAGAUCACAAAGGGGAACUUCCACGAGGCUGGAACUGGGUUGAUGUUGUAAAGUUAAGCAAAACUGGCUCUAAAGAUGAAGACUAGCACUUGGAAUUUGGCGUAAACAGAGAACAUCUUUCUAAAAGUAAACUGGGUUCAACAUCUUUCAUUACUAUUUUCUGGUAUUGAGGUGGCUUUUUAUAAAAUACAGUUUUGUAUGUUUCUUACAUAAUAAAUGUAAGUGGAAAGUUCAUGUAGAGAACUGGUUGUAUUAAAUUAUUUUCGGAAAUUUGCCUUAAUCAGAGGUGAAAGUGUUACUGUUUAGUAUACUUUAUAAAGCCUGUUGAGCUUUGUAAGUGAACAAAUAUGGGGAUCACCAGUUAAUUUCUAUGACCUUAUUCUAGUGGGUAAUUUUUGAAGGAGUGUGAAGCCCUCUUCAAACUAUUAAAGCAGAAUAUUGAGUGUAUAGUUCUUCUUAGCAUGAGUCUUAUUAAUAGGCUUCUUAUCCUAAAUAAAGUCUUCAUCUCUUGUUUUGCUUAAUUACUGAAGCAGAAAUUACUUCAAAGAAAUUUAAAUACUGGUAUUUGAACUUUGUAUCAUACUCUUUAUAGUUACUUUUUAUUUUUCAACAGUGCACUCCCUCUCGAUUGGGGUCAAGACAUUUGAUCAUGUGAGUUUUCAGUGAUAUGUACAAUAGGACAGUAUAAAAACCAAUCUUCCAGAUGCAUUAGAAAACAUUUUCAUAAGCAAGGUGUGAUGGUGCAGGCCUGUAAUUCGGCCUGUAAUUCCAGCAUCCUGGAAACUGAGGCAGAAAGAUCGUAAGUUGGAAGCCAGCCUAGAAUGCUUAGGGAGAAUCUGUCUAUAAAAAAGACAGAAAAAAGAAGAAGAUGGUGUAAAUACUAUUUAAGACAUUUCUCUUUGCUGCAUAUACUAGUAUGGGAGUAAAUGAUGCCUUAAUAAUUAAUUUUUGUAUUGUUGGAGACAACAAUUUUAAUAAAUUCUUAUUUAUCUGCUGUUGUGUUUUUAAUUGUUGGAUAACUGAGGUCUUUAAAUGGGUUCAACACACAACUACAUUUCAAAUCUUGUUUUUGAAGUGUUCUUUCAAGAUUGAUGUAUUUAUCAAUCUCUGCAUCUUUUUAAUACACAAGAAAAGUCUUUCAAAUGCUGAACUGUUAUACGUGUUUUUUAAAGUCAUUGAUGAAACUAUCGGCAUUGUUUUACUAGGAGAAGUCAUCGAUGUGUAUGUGUGGUUCACAGUGACUUUGUGUAGCCCCUCCAUUGUAAGAAUUUAGAACUUCUGUGUACCUGGAAGGGUAGGUUGUUAGUAUGUCAAGUUAUACUUGUGCAGUUUGUGUCUGGGGUUUUAAACAAGUUACCUUACCAUAAGAGCAAUAUCCUUGGUUUUUACAAAGUAAAGUUUCGUUCAUUUAAAUUGUUUGAAAUUGUAAGUACAAUUACAGUGAAGAAAUUUAAUCUUUUAAAAGCUGAAUCACAUUUUGUUCCUUGAAUUAGUAUUAAUGUACCAACUAGAAUAUGCCAACUUGUUUUCAGGGCUGUAUGUGUGUGAUUUUCAUUAUGUUGAUUUGUUCUGUUUCUGAAGAAACCUCUGCUAGUGAAGAAAAACAUCUUUGUUUUGCUCUUAAGAUUUUGAAACUGUUCAGGCUUAUCAUGGUUGCUAGAUUACAAAGAAUAAUACUAAUUGAAUUCCAGUGAACUGUUUUUACUGUUUUUAUACGAAAUGUACAAAUUUCUGGGGGUGGUGGUGGCCGUGGUGCCUCUUAUUACCUGUGUCAAAUACUUGAACACUUCCAUCAGUAUCGCCAUCAUCUGUUUAAUACUCCCAGUAUAUUUUCUCAAACUCUUUACCUAAAAUUGUGUGGAAUGAUACAACUAAAUAAGCAAUAAAGUCUGAAUUACAAUAA